UCACAAUACCUUGAUUGGCACUGUUUGCUGAUGGGCAUUUCUAACCUCAUAGACAGGCUUUCAUUUCAAACACUAGAAAGCCAGUCAAGUUAAUCUCACUUACAGCUCACGAUGUCGUUACCUUCGAGAUCACUCCCUGGUUCGAUGCGCCAACCGUCGAUUACGGGAAGUUCAGGGCCAGGACAAUCCCCCGCUCUCGUUGCGCGCGUCAAUGAGAAAAAGGCCGAACUUGAGCAUCUCAAGGAGCUUCGCGACCUGAGUGCCGCCGUGGCUACGCAAAUGGAGGCUCUAGAAAAGAAACUGGGCACCCUUUCGGAUGGGACAGAGGCUAUUGCCGUUGUUAUGGGAAACUGGCAUAACGUGUUGCGCGCUAUCAAUAUGGCAUCCGCAAAACUCCCCAAAGCAUCACCUAAUGACGAGCAAGACCACACUGAAAUCAGGGCAGAUAGUCCAUCUGUGCCUCUCCCUCAAACGCUCGUCAGAAUACCCACAGAGCAUGCGCCGGCUCUGCAUGCGCAAACUGAGGAAGCUGGAGAAAUUGAGGAUUGAGCGAUAAUCCACCCAGCUUAACCAACAUUCAAUCUCACAUGGCCUGUGUGAACUGUGUAGCUUGAAUAGUUUGCGCGAGAUUGAUGAUCGAAGCUCAGCUCCAUGUCGACGCUUGCACCCGCACACAAGAAAGCACAACAUGUAUAAGGGAGCCUGUUGCGCUAGAAAGUCUGCGGCCAAAAACGUUGCGCCCAAAUGAGGGGCAGGCCAGUACACUGCAAGACUUUCGUACUGUACGCAGGGCUUACCCUGUCAUCUCACUUGCUCUUCGAGUCGCGUCGCGUCAAAACAACGCCAAGUCGAACCGUGGAUCCCCUGGCGACCCUGAUCCAAAAUAGCUCAUUGCUUCUAAAUUCUUCCAUCAGAGUUCGAAUCUUGGAUCGGGGAUCAGGCAUAUUGUAUCCUUGCAAAAAAAACAAAAAAACAAACAUGAAGUCGCAUAUAUGUUUGAAUAAGGAUAAAAGUCGAUUAAUCAAUUGUGGUGACGGACACCAAUCAGACAUAACAACUGCGUGGCAGAUAAAUCGGAUCUAAGGAACCAAACAUUUUUGUUUGUGCAUUCUGGUUCGGUACGGCUUUGAUUCCUUCGCAUUACGAUUGCAUUCACAAUAGACCAUGCAGGUCGUACAACUCCCGUGUUGAUCUUCGAUCCAUUUGAUGAGAAGGAGGGGUGGACUGGGGUUAUUACGGAGCACUUAAACUUGUGGCUUGUUGACUCUUUCGAGACAUGUCUUGCUAAACUUUGGGCUUGUCUCUAAAGAAGCAAGUGAGAAGCCAAUUGAAGACGUUGGCUACACUCAAGAGCAUCCCGUCGUACUAGGUACAUUAAGAAGUAAGCAAAAUAGCUUACCUCCACGCAAGCGCCAUGCAAGUCGAAGGGAAGCCCUCGAUCGCAUCAUGGAAGUUCCAUGUUUCCCCAUACGGGCAAGUUUUCAAGUGGAUGGAUGAAUGGAUGGAUGGAUGUGACUGCU